AAACCAAGGAGCUGAAGCUGCUGAAGCUCGCUGUCGUGUCUCGUCCUGCUUGAAAGACGUAGCAAACAAAUCACAACUCAUAGGUCACCAUGGAAGACCCUCCGUUGGCGUCGCUUUCUUUGACCCAUGUUCACUACAAUCCUAAUGAUCCCAUCGCACACGCCUGUGCCUACUUGGCCCUGGUGCCCCAGGCUCUCUGUGUCACAUAUGCCACGUUGAUCUGGAGCACGCGUGAGGCUGAGGUUGGCCUCAUGUUUGCUGGUCAAUUGGCCUGUGAAGCCCUCAAUUGGUUACUCAAACGCACUAUUCGUGAAGAGAGACCGCAUCGUCUGACGGGCAAAGGCUAUGGCAUGCCCUCGUCUCACGCCCAAUUCGUCUCGUACUUUGCAGUUUCCUUGACCCUGUUCCUGCUCUUGCGACACAACCCGCACCUUCCGAACACGUCGACCACCCAUAUCCCGACCUCCACUUUCGAAAGACUCGCCUUGUCCGUACUGGUCAUAGCCGGCGCUGCUGCUGUCGCCCAGAGCAGGAUAUACCUGAACUACCACACCGAGAGGCAGAUCCUCGUCGGCUGCAUUGUGGGUGCCCUUUUUGCAGUCUUCUGGUAUCUCUUCACAACCUACCUGCGUCGCUCAGGCUGGCUGGACUGGGUCUUGGACACUUCAAUUGCCAAGUUCUUCCGUCUGAGAGACCUAGUCGUCAACGAGGAUCUGGUUGACGCUGGCUGGGAAAGAUGGCAGAGCCGUAGAAGCAAGAGAAGCGACCAGAAAUCUAGAUAGACGUCCAUAGCCAUAGUCACAUGCACAUAACAUAUGAAAAGAGCAGAAAUUUCUCGUCCCUC